CAGUCCCGCUCCCAGCUCCCAUAGAUGAUCCCGUAGCAGGUCUUACAGUCAAGAUUCUGGAAGACGGCAUAGCCACAGUCACUCUCCCAUGUCUACUCACAGGCGUCAUGUUGGGAAUCGGGCAAAUCCCGACCCCAACUGCUAUUGUGGAGUAUUUGGAUUGAGCUUGUACACUACAGAAAGAGAUCUAAGAGAAGUGUUCUCUAAAUGUGGCCCCAUUGCUGAUGUGUCUAUUGUAUAUGACCAGCAAUCUAGGCAUUCCAGAGGAUUUGCCUUUGUAUAUUCUGAAAAUGUAGACGAUGCCAAGGAAGCAAAAGAGCGUGCCAAUGGAAUGGAGCUUGAUGGACCUGGGAUCCGAGUUGAUUUCUCUAUAACAAAAAGACCACAUAACCCAACACCAGAAAUUUACAUGGGGAGACCUACCUAUGGCAGCUCACACCGUGAGGAUUACUGUGACAGAGGAUAUGAUCGAGGCUAUGAUGAUCGUGACUACUAUAGUAGAUCAUACAGAGGAGGUGGUGGAGGAGGAGGAGGAUGGAGAACUGCUCAAGAUAGGGAUCAUAUUUACAGAAGGCGGUCACCUUCUCCUUACUAUAGUCGUGGAGGAUACAGAUCGCGUUCUAGAUCUCGAUCAUACUCACCUCGUCACUAUUAAAGCAUGAAGAUGAAGACUUUCUGAAACCUACCCUAAAGUUGGGAUAUUGUUUGUGGACAAUAUUUUUUAUUGUCUCCUGUUUAAAAAGUGAACAGUGCCUAGUGAAGUUAGGUGACUUUUACACCUUUUAUGAUGACUACUUUUGGUGGAGUUGAAAUGCUGUUUUCAUUCUGCAUUUGUGUAGUUCGGUGCUUUGUUCAAAGUUAAGUGUUUUCAGAAAAGUAUGUUUCGCAUGUAUUUUUUUACAGUCUAAAUUUUGACUGCUGAGAAGUUUCUAUUGUACAAAACUUCAUUUAAAAGGUUUUUUCUACUGAAUCCAGGGUAUUCUGAAGAUCGAAGCCUGUGUGUAAAAAUGUUACCAAAUGGUAAAAAGCAACAAUAAAGUUUGGUUUUUACUUUU